AUGACCAACAAACCUUUCCCGCUGAUCGUCGAUGUCUGGGCCAACCCUUCACACGCAAUAAUUCCAGAGGUUCGACGCUUAUUCGAACAAAGCCACUCAGACCCCAAGCUAGCCAGGAAGUUGUCGCCUGAGGAGAUAAUUGCCCUGAUGGAUGAAGCCGGAGUCUCCCAGAUAUGCCUUGCGGCAUGGAACAGACCCGGAUCUACAAUCGUUUCCAACGAAGACGUUGCAGAGUACACCCGAGCUUUCCCUAAUCGAAUCUUCGGUCUGGUGUCAGUGAACCUCCACAAUCCGGUCGCGGCUGUUAAGGAAUUGGACCACUAUGUUAGAAACGAAGGCUUCAAGGGCCUAAGGGUCGUGCCGUGGCUCUGGAACCUCCCACCAACGGAUGCCCAUUACUGGCCUUUGUACGUCAAGUGCAUCGAGCUGGAUGUUCCUUUUUGUACGCAGGUCGGCCACACAGGACCCCUCUGCCCGAGCGAGGUUGGGAGACCAAUCCCAUACAUCGACGAGAUUGCGCUCAAGUUUCCCGACUUGAAGAUUAUCUGCGGUCAUCUCGGCUACCCCUGGGCCGCGGAGACAGUAGCCGUUGCGUGGAAACAUGCCAACGUUUAUAUUGACACGAGCGCAUGGUCGCCCAAAUAUUACGACCCUGCCUUUAUUCAAUUCGCCAAUACAACAGGCCGUAAGAAGGUCAUGUUUGGAACUAACUUUCCACAGUUGACGUGGAAGGCUUGUGUCGAUAAUAUGUACAAAACACAUGGGAGUGGAAGGCCGGGAACCAUGCGGGCAGAGGUGUUGGAUGAUUUCAUGGGGGGCAAUGCUAGGCGGGUUCUGAAAUUACCAGACUGGAAGGCUCCGGGAUCAAAGUCCAAUUUGUAA